AUGGGCGGCAGCAAAGAAAGUCGGUUGAAACAGAACAUCGACAGCAACUACGCGGAUCUGAUCUGUGUGGUGCUAUGCUUCCUGACGGGUCUCUGCGAUAGUUCAGCCUUCAAUGCCUGGUCGUGCUUCUUGGCUAUGCAGACUGGAAACACGAUCGUCCUCGGCCUGGGCGCUUCGAACCUGCCCCGCGACGCGCCCUACGGCUGGCUCAAAUCCCUCGUGUCGAUCAGCAGCUUCCUGCUGGGCUCGUUCUGCUUCAGCCGCGCCGGCCGGCUGCUGGGCCCCACGCGGCGCGGGACGCUGUUCGCCUCCUUCAUGGUGCAGGUGGCGCUGAUCGUGAUCGCGGUGUCGCUGAUCCAGGCCGGGCUGAUCGCGCAACCCAACGUUAACAGCGCGCACCAGCACCACAUGCUGCUGGACCUGAUCCCCAUCGGCCUGCUGGCGUUCCAGUCGGCCGGCUCGAUCAACUCCACGCGCUCGCUGGGGUACAACGAGAUCCCCAGCGUCGUGAUCACGAGCGUGUACUUCGACAUCGCGUCCGACAUGAACAUCUUCGCCGGCAAGAACGUCAAGCGCAAUCGCCGCGUCGCCGGCGUCGUGAUGUUGCUGGUCGGGGCGAUCGUCGGCGGGUGGUUGAAUCGCAGCGCCGGCGGGAUGGCGUCGACGUUCUGGUUGGCGGCCGGCAUUAAGUUUCUGAUCGGGUGUGGGUGGUUGGUGUGGGCGCCGAAGAAGCAGGAUGGAAAUUAG